CGCAUGCAAAACGGAGCGAUUUUAAAGCUCACACCUCUAACAUAAAUAUUCACCGAAGCCACCUCUGUGGGCUCUGCCUGUCACACUUGACGCCCCACUCUUUUCUUCCUGUUUCUAUAUCUCCAUAUUCACUUUCUUUUCUGUAUUAUUUAACACAAGAGAGAAGAGCUACUUUCUUUCUCUCUCUCUCUCCUCUCUUAAUUUUUUUCUAGUUCACUCGCCUUGGGAGAGGAGAGACUUUCAAUCAAAAAUCAAACAUACAAACAAAACGAAUCACCAUAACUCAUUUAAACCAGUAGCUUACAAAAGUUUAUUAAACAAAAAGUGCAUCCAAACAAUAUAAGCAGGACGUAAUAGUAUUAUGACCAUUGACACUUUUUUUUUUUUAAUAAAUAUUUUAUUUCUUCAAUUUUUAAGCCCGAACAAAAACUUAUUCCAAUACUAAAACCAACCAGGAUUGAUCGUUGUUGUAUCUGAAAAUUGGGUGACAUGGUGAGCAGCGGCGGAGCAGCGAGCGACGGUGGAGUAACUGGAUCAAAAGGAAGCAGUCAGAACUUGAAGAAGGGGCCAUGGACGGCGGCGGAGGAUGCAAUCUUGAUGGAGUACGUGAAGAAGCAUGGUGAAGGUAACUGGAAUUCUGUGCAGAAGAAUACCGGGUUAAUGAGAUGUGGGAAGAGUUGUAGGCUUCGAUGGGCUAACCAUUUGAGGCCUAAUCUCAAGAAAGGUUCUUUUACUCCUGAAGAGGAGAGGAUCAUCAUCGAACUUCACGCUAAAAUGGGCAACAAAUGGGCUCGCAUGGCCGCUCAGCUACCUGGAAGAACCGACAAUGAAAUCAAGAACUACUGGAACACCAGAAUUAAGAGACGCCAAAGAGCUGGCCUACCUAUUUACCCUCAAGAAGUCCAAGAAAAAGCCGCAGCGUUUCACUUCCAACAUCACCACCACUACCACCACCAUAGGAGGUCCCACAAUAGCUCAUCUGCUUCACUGUCUUCACUCCUCACAUCACAAAACGCCACUUACAAUCCCUCUCUCUCCUUGUUCAAUACCUUAAAUACCUCAUCCGCUGCAAACCACCCACUUCAAAAUCAGCCGACUUCUUUUUACUCUAAUCCUAAUCCCCAAUUCAAGAUUUUUUGUCACAACAACAAUGACACUAAUGGUUUUUCUUUGCCUUUGUCCUUUAAUUCUUCAUUUGUACCAUCAGCAACAAGUCUCCUCAAUAGAAACCUCCAAUAUCAGGCUCUCCAAGUACCAUCCUUUAAGUUCAAUAGUGGAACUAAUAUUGAUGGUGAUCUGAGUUUUAGUUCGACGAUAAUGGAAGCAGGAGCUUCUGUUGACCCAAUUCAUCAUUUUGUUUCUGGGAUAGGCAAUGAACUCCCUUCAAACCAAAUACCACCACAGGCAGAGCCGAGGACUUCAGCUUCAUCAGGGUCAACGGCUGGUGUUUGCGCCAAGAAAACUAAUGGUAACCAUAAAAUAAUUCCCCUAAAAAGGAAUAGAAGCAAUAGUGGCCUGUUAGAUGCUCUAGUGCAGGAGUCACAAAAUCUGUCUCGGUGUGAAAAUUUCAAAGGUGAGAAUUUUACGGUUGCAGUUGAUAAAGGGAAAGGCCUGGUCGGUCUGCCUUGUGAAGAUAUGGAGGAAGCCAAUGAAGGUGUUGAAUCAGUGAUGAGGAAUAGAGACGAGGCUAAUGCUGAUACCCAGUGGGAUGAUUUUAGCUCUUCUCAGUCAUCAAUUGGAAUGAAAGCCGGUGAGGACCCAUCAGAGGAGAUGAAUUCCAUGGACGAAGAUCUCAUGGCCCUGCUCAACAACUUCCCCUUAUCAACGCCACUGCCAGAGUGGUACCCCGGAAACAGCGACAUUUCCAACGGAUCAUCAACCACCAUGACCGGUGGCAACAAUGUAGACACUAACAAUCAGCAAAAUGCUGCAGCCAUCACAGCUCCACAGUCAGCUGCCUCCCCGGAUCUCCAGUGGUCUCUGGGUUCCUGCUGCUGGAACAACAUGCCCAGAAUUUGCUAAGCUUAGCAUUUAACAUAUAAGCAGCUAGAAUCAGAAGUGUGUUCCAAUCGUUUUUUUCACUUUUUUUUUACUAAGCAUUCAAAUUCCUGUUAGGUCUAAUUUGUGUGAUCGCAGUCUUCUUAUGAACUGUAAUGUUUAAUUUAUAAUCAUGUGUAUACAGAUUGUCUAUCCAGAAAAUAGUUUUUAACUUUCUAGA